GACCAGCCGACCUCUUGCAUCUCACCUCACAAUCGCAUCUCCCGAGUAUUUACACUCUCUUCUGAGACACAGAAGCUCACGGCGAGAUUACGGCAUGCGCCUCUCUCACUCACCGUCUCUCACUUUACGGCUCCGUGGACAGUGGCUCACCCACCGACACGAGUCACACCGACUUCUCCACUCAUUCACUCGCUCCAACGGUCGUGCGAAGCAUUAAACUCACCAUGAGGCCGUGUAACCCAGCCACAUGGCUAGCCUUGAGUUUGGCCUGUGGCGUCCUCUCAACGGCGAGCGAAGCCAACGUUGACAACAACGGCCCGCUCAACAAGGUUGCUGUCGCCGAUGGGCACAGCGAGCAAGAGACUCUAGCGUCGAUGCCCGUCGACUCGUUCGUCGAGUUACACGAGGUCACCGUCACGAUUGAAGAGGCUCCGGAAAGGCCAAGCCCGCGACACGAACAGGAGAAGAAGAACCUCCUGAAGCGCAUGAGCAAGUCCCAUGGGAAGUGGGACACGAACCACCCCCGCCACCGGCUGCUGGAGGCGCUGUUCGGCUUCAGCCGGUACAAGCCCCGUCAGAUGGCCGAGCUUGACCGGUACAAGGGUCUCUACAAGCAUGUUUUCAAGGCCCAGAAAGCUGUCCUCGAGAAGACCGUCAGAUAUUCACAAAAGUUCGAGACGGCCGAGCAGCUCCUCGAUCUCAACCAAGCGCUAUGCGACGAGAUCGUUGAGACGGCCCUCGAGUUCUACGGCAUCUCGCACCAAGAGCUCGCCGACCACAGCAAGGCCAAGGACAACGCAGGCCAGGUGGCUGACCGGGUCAGCACGUCGCAAGCCUUGAAACAUUUCGUGCGUGACUGGUCCACUGCAGGCACCGGUGAACGGGACGAUGCCUUCCCAUGCAUCCUAGAUACCCUGCAGACUCUGUUCCCAGACCGGUCCUCCAGAGACAUCAAGAUCCUCUUCCCGGGCGCCGGCGUCGGACGGCUAGGUCAUGAGGUCGCCGGCCUGGGCGGGUUCGAGGUGACCGUCAACGAGUGGUCCAUGUUCAUGAACCUCGCAUACCGCUUCCUCGAAGCACAUCCGAGACCGGGCAUGAAAGCCAUCCACCCUUUCGUCGACAGCUGGUCCCACCACGCCACGACGGCCGACAUGUUCCGUGGCGUGUCAUUCCCCGACAGGGGGCUCAACGUGAGCUCCGUGCUGCUGGUCGAGGGCGACUUCACAUCGGCGUUCAAAUCGGACAAGGGGCAGUAUGACGUCAUCGUCACGCACUUCUUCAUCGACACGGCGCGCAACAUCAUGAGCUACCUCGACAGCAUCCACGCCCUGUUGAAGCCUAGGGGCUACUGGAUCAACUUCGGUCCCCUGUUGUGGGGGACGGGACCCUUUGUCCAACUCUCGCUCGACGAGAUCGUCGCCGUGGCGAAGAGCAUCGGGUUCGAAUUCGUGGACGGGAGCGAGCAGUGCGGCGAUGUGACACUGCAGGGUGAGAAAGUUCGCGGCAAGGAGGCGGUAUACGGGUUCAACGAGAAGGCCCUAAACAAGAAUGCGUACUCGGCGCAGUCCUGGGUUGCCCAGAAGGCCAGGUGAUCCUCAUGAGAGUCGGGUGUCGUUUUCGAAGCUGCAGACAAGGUUGUCCCUCUGUGUAUAAGUACAAUGAUACCACUGCGACCAAUGUAUGUCAAAGACUGUUAAAGAAGAAAACCACUCACAGCUGAGUGUGUAGUAAAUUCCAGCUGUGGUGGAAGCCAUAUCUCAGAGUAGUUUUGGACUACCUCGGUUAGAGAGUGCAAGCAGCAUAGUUCAUACGGAUGUCG